UUAUGCUGCCUAUAUACCGACCUGCGUAAACAAAUAAAUGAUGUAUGUAUGUAUCUAUGUAUUUUUGGAGUUUAGUGUUUCGAAGAGGGUUAGAAAUUUUUACAAGAGUCCUCCAGUCCCUCUCCAGUACUCCUCCUAAAACACGUACCGCUGACCAAAAAUAGGAAGGUUCCGUGUGAUUUCCCGCCACUUUUUGACGCGUCGACGCGGGGUGAGAAGCGCGCGAAAAUAUUUUUCGGAGGGCCAGAUUUAUGAAUUUGUCAUAGUGCAACAGAAGCACAGAAGGUAAAGUCCAAAUAUUUUCUCUUUUUUUUCUUAGUUAUCAGUUGUACUUUCCUAAUAUCUAUCUAGUGUAAUUGUCUCUAAAAGCGUUUAGCUUGCAUUUUAUAUUUUUUUAAGUUAGUGUGAAUUUGUAGUUCAUUUAAAAUUUUUAUAGUGUUACGAACAAAGUCCUCUACAACAACACGAAAACGACAACGAAAGACAACGAUUUGGAGCUACUUUAUGCAAUCCUUAGCAUUUGUUUACUCUGAAUUUUCUCAUAUUUUACUUUUUAGUAGUCCUUUCUCUUGGACAAAUUUAUCAUGCCUUCCAAUCCAAAGAAAGGAAAGACUCUCAAGUGCACGGAAAAUCUCAAGGAGUUUUAUGAGAAAGAAGACGAGUUCAAAUUUUCCGAAGCUUCAUCAGUCAAACCUGAGCAACAACAAAUACCUGCCCAGGUACCCCUGGCUAAGACAAAGAAAAGGCAGCCUGUAACGCCAGCCGCGGAUUUUCCAGAUUCUGAUCCCGAAGAUGAUUAUGACAAGGGGAGUGAUCUUGAAAUGCAGGGAAUGCUGAAUAGCUUUGGAGCUGACAUUACCAAGACAAUAACGGCCAAGCGGAAGAGAAUUCAAACGUUCACACAAGCAUCUCUAAAGGCUAGCAGUAGAAAGUUUGAUGAGGUGUGGCAGUCACAGCAACAUGAAAGAACCUGUACAAACAACAACAGAAGCUCUUCCAGCAACAGCGGAUUGUGCAGGGCCAGAGACUCAAAAGAGUUCGUCAGCUUCACGAAGAUUAUACAAAGAACUUACAAGAAAUGCAAAGAAGUCACGAGGGUCAACAAAUUAGUGUCCAGGAGCAACUUCGGAAAGAGGUUAACAUGUUGCAAAAGAAGAUCCUCAGUGACACGCAACAUCAAGACUUUUCAAGUGUCCGACGGUCUCUUCAGAGUAUGCUGGCCCAAGUAUAGCCUUAAGUAUAACAUGUACAAAAUGGAUGUUUUGAAUCCUGAGGAAACUGUGAUCUCUUUAUGUAUCACAUUUAGACAACCUAACAAAAUAAUACUGUCAAUGGUAUAUUACGUGAGCUAUACUGUUUGAUAUAAACAGCAAAGCACAUUUGACGUUGUAUGAUAAUGUUCAGGAUAUGUUUUAAAACUUUAAGUUGAUUGUUUAAUGUUUGAUCUUACAGCAAUGAAACAAAGCCUUCACAAAAACUUUGGUACAUGCAAGUGCUCCUGUUGAAAUAGAAAGCCAAUAAAAGUUAAACAGUUAAA